GUCUGUAACUUCAAAGCAAUGGUGCUGGUCAGAAAAAAAACUGGCUGGCAGGCCAGAAUUGACAACUAGAAAUCGGGUUGGUCUCUUACUACAACUUGAAACGCAAUUAGUUGUUGCCCGCAAGAAACUUAAGCUACAGAAGACCAAGAAGCAAGGGUAACAGAAGGAACCUUUACACUCGUUCGCCGGCCCCACAAGCUAGAUACAUUGCUUUCACCCUUGUUCAUUGUGCCCACAGAAUGCAACUACCGUUGCCAGUCCGAACCUUCGUGGUUUCUGCACCCUCCUGGGCCGCAAAACCUAAGCCGAUAAGCAUGACGUUUCUAACGCAAAGAAAGUCCAGAGGCCCAGUUGGGCCUGUACCCGUCUCCUGUCUGAUUAGACCUGGCCUUCUGAACCACAAUCGGUCUCGAAGCCGAAACCGCUACACCUUCCCUAUUGGUUAGGUUAAGCAAUCGCCACAGCUGCCUCAUCAGUCCAGCGUUAACAAUCGCCAGAGAUGCCCAAUUAGGCAGCUGUUCCUUUCGCUAGAACUGCCCGAUUCGUUUAGUGGAGAAAAAUCUUGUAUUGACAUAACCUUCUUCCGAACUACCGAAGUACACUAUCGCUCUUUUACUGUCAG